CUUAUCCAUGUCCUAUUUUGAAGAGGAAACAAAACGAUUUUUCCCAGUGCAAACCUUGUGUAAUAUUCUAUUACAAUCUUGCCAGUAAUGCCAAGACUAAUUGUAAGUUCCCCGAUGUAAUAAAGAAUAAUGUAUUCCUGCCUCCUUUCUUUAGGAGUCAAAGCAGUCGUUGAUCUGUGUGCUGCGCCUGGAGGAUGGAGUCAAGUCCUGAGUCAGCAUUUAUGGCUCAAUGAGACAACUCAUCAACCAAAAGUGAAAAUUGUUUCUGUAGAUGUACAGGAGAUGGCGCCUCACCAAUUUUUGGAAAUAGUUCAAGGAGAUAUCACUAAGAUAAACACUGUGAAGCAGAUCUUAGAGAAGUUCAACGGGAAUCGUGUGGAUUGCGUAGUAUGUGAUGGUGCUCCAGAUGUGACUGGUAACAAUGACAUGGACCUUUGUCUUCAAGAACAUCUAUUGAGUGCUGCAUAUGCCAUCACUUGCUGUAUUUUAAAAGCGGGAGGAUCCUUUGUAGCAAAAAUUUUCAGAGGGAAAAACAACGCAGUCACUCUCAAUUUAUUACGCACCCAUUUUUCGAAAGUAUUGGUUGCCAAGCCUAGAUGCUCCCGUAAUUCAAGCAUAGAAGCAUUUGUCGUAUGCGCAGACUUCCAACCUCGCCUCAGUGAAGGUGCAUCAGUAGGUAGCUUUCCUUUGCGAGACUUAGAUAUGAAAUUUUAUUCAUCCUUGUCAGCUAGACAGAAGACUCCUUUUGUGGCAUGUGGGAAAGAGAUGUAUGAUUCAGACAGGACCUAUUCCAAACAGCUUGGUACAGAUGACUAUGUCAUUCGAAAUCCUGCACAGAGUCCAAUUUCACCACCAUAUGCCGAGUCAAUCAGGGUUUUGAGCAACAAAACUGUCUAUUUUUCUAUCACUCAUGGAAACAAAGGUGAUCAAGAAUCAGCAUGAGGAAGUGACCCCUUAGUUCCUCCAAGCUGAAGAAGUGGAGAUAUUUCUGACUAAAAUUCACUCUAAUGUGUCGCACGGAGUAAAAGCCAUCUAAAGUUACAAGAUGAUUCAGUCUAACAUGCUUAACAAAUAUGGAGAAAGCAGUCAGACUCACAAUCAGUGGUGUAGUAGUCAAGGAAACUUGCUGCCAACACUGAGGCCCCGGGUUCAAUCUGUGGAGGUGACAGAUGUGAAACGAGAGGAGCUGACGAACGGCUUAAGGCCUUUACAAGGGAAAAAGCCCCAGAGGGCAACCAAUAGGCUCUGGUGAGGUAAGGUAGCGAAAAUGAAAAGGCGCGCUUGAGGAGAACGAAAAGAGAAUUUAUUCACUCAACAUGCCGGCUGACAAACGCUACAAACAAGGAAACAGAUCCUUGAGAUCUGGAUGGAAACUAGAAAAAAGGAAACUCCAUCGGCGAAAGGAUAGAAAAGAUGGAAAAAUCGGGCAGAACCAAGAUCGUCGACCGGCCGAGAGCGGAGCGAAGCACUGUCUAAAGAAGAUAGCGUCGACUCAAUGAACGGAUCUGAACAGUUCGCCCAAUCAGCGUCACAAUAAACUUAAUGGGUUUCCCAGUUCUGCAAUAGGAAUGUUUGGUUCCCUUCAAAUAACGAAAGACAUGCUUCACCUGUUGCCAAUUGCGCAUUGUUGGGUUUUGGUUGAAUUGGCUGACCUUGGGUACCGUAAAAGUGAGGUCUGGUCGAGUGUUGUCGGAUAAAUAAAGAAGAGAACCUACUGCACUUCGAUAGAGGGAGGAGUCAAACUUUUCUGUUCCCGAUUGAUCACUUUUAGCCAUUGGUAAUGGCGUUGAAGAAGUUUUACACUGUUUCAUUGUUAUGGAGUCUCUCCAUGUUUUUUCGUAGUUCCCGCUAUUGGGAGGGAUGGGUGGAUACGCCAGCUGCCCUGAGCCGUUGCCAAUCGUGGGGUUUCCUCUGAUUGACCGCUGCUCUGGGUAGCUAGCAUUACCUAUUCAUUCUCAAUUUCUUGUGCGGAAGCCUUGCUCUGUUCGUUUAAGGGAGAAAACUUGUAUUUUUUACCUAAAAUGUGAGUAUUCUUGGAAAAGGGUGGCCCGCAGGCCACCCUAGUGUAUUCCUUUCUUUCUUGUGACAGCUGGUCGGUCGGUGAUGGGGAUUCUUUCAAUAUAACA